CCUGAGGUCAGACAGUUUGGCUUGCCUCGUCAAGAUCGGCAUCUGCAUCUAUUGUUCUUCCUCCUUCUUCUCCUCCUCCACCACGUCAACUACACCGUCCUCCUGUUGCAGAGGAAGAUGGCAAGCUUCAACGGAGCAAGCCUGAGUAGCGCUCCCCCUACGACUGCUGCAGACUCUCCCAGCUGGCUCAACCGUGGCCGCGGCCACGUCUUCUGGAAGUCUCUGCGCUUGAAUGAAACCUCCACGGUCGGCCCUCCCCAUGGAGCCAGCUCAGCUCGAAACGCCCGACCUAAUCCCGCGACGCUUGCGUCGCUACCGAUCUUUGUGUUCUCGAUGGAUGGCGACGAGAAGCUGGAGUGCAGUGUGUGCUUAGCGGAGUUCAAACAAGCGGAGAGAGGGCGGCUCCUUCCAAGAUGCAACCAUAGGUUCCAUGCCGACUGCAUCGAUACGUGGUUGCAGUCGCACUCCACCUGCCCCAUCUGCCGCUCGGCCAUCGAAACUACAGCUCCCGACUCGGAGGACGCAGUAUGAUCGAUGCUUCACCUCUAUUCAGAGUGAAUUGAUGUUAGAAGAAGCAUAAGAUCUUGAACAAGGUUUUGAGAUUGAACUCGUAGCUUAAGAUGUUGUAUACGCCGUAUCUUUUCUAUCUGAUAUAUACAGAUCCUGCAUGAUAAAUGAAACCUCGUCGUCGUUGCUGCAUGCAUCAGCUUGUGUUUC